CCGUGACGCAGGCGAUGGGCGGCGAAGAAACAUGGCGGCGCUCGUGUAUAACGUGAGUCGAGGAUUCGUUGUUUUCGGGGAACGUAGUUUAUUACUCAGAGGGCAUAAUAACCACCGGAUCUCGGUCAGUGCGAGGCGAUAUGUCCGAGGCCUCCGGCGGAGACCAGUGGCGGUCCUGUACCCUGAUGGUGAACGAGAGAGAUUAAUUAGGUCCAACGAAGCAGCUGAUAAAAUGAACCGGAAGCUGUUCGCACAGAAGGACAGACACGGAGAGAAGGUCUCAGAGAGAGCUGGCAGCCGGCAGUGGAGCGGACAUGUCUCUGAAGACACAGAAGAGUCUUCACUGAUGAGGGACAAACUCGCUGGGCUCCGCUUCGAGAAAGCCCCCCCCGGAGACGACAGGCUCGCGAAGGUGGCCAGUGUCGCCCGGUCCAGAGCGCUUCAGGAUAAGGAGGGUAAGGUGCUGCUGGAGGGCAGGCGUCUGAUCUGUGACGCUCUGUCUGCCGGGGUGUCUCUUCAGACGCUCUUCUUCAGUGCGGUGGAACGACUGCACGAGCUUCCUCUGGAUAAACUACAGCAGGCCAAGCUCAUCAAGGUCAGGUAUGAAGACAUGAAGACCUGGUCUGACCUGGUCGCUCCUCAGGGUGUUAUAGCUAUAUUCUCAAAACCGGAUGCCUCCCGCCUGGAGUUUCCAAAAGAAAUGCGUCUUCAGUCAGUUCCUUUGUUUCUGUUAUGCGACAAUAUACGUGACGCGGGGACCCUGGGGACUGUUUUACGCUGUGCUGCUGCCGCUGGCUGUGAGCGUGUUCUCCUGUCCAAAGGUUGUGUGAACGCCUGGGGGCCCAAAGUUCUCCGAGCAGCAAUGGGAGCUCACUUCCGCCUUCCGGUCUUUUCUAAUUUAGACUGGGAUGAAAUUUCUGAGCACUUACCAGAGGACGUGGUGGUCCACGUAGCAGAUGACGGCACACAAGCUCCAGGACAAACAGAAGAAGGUUUUUCAGACGAUUCCAGUGACGAAGAGUCCGACGAUGAGCUUUCGCUGGCAGGUCUGAAGCCUCGGGUGUACUGUGAGAGCUGGGCUCAGAGGAGCACGGCGCUGGUGAUCGGCGGAGACUCGCACGGCCUGAGUCCGGAGGCUCUGCGACUGGCUGUGGAGACGGAGGGCAGGAGGCUCUUUGUGCCCGUAGCCCCGGGAGUGGAGAGCCUGAACUCUGCCAUGGCUGCUAGUGUACUGCUGUUUGAAGGCAGACGGCAGCUUCUGCAGUUGUCGGACAAAACACGGCGAAAAACAAGAUCUAAAAUCUCUAAAUGAGUGUUUUCCUUAAAGCAUUAAAGAUCUUUCACUUUA